AGGCUUCCUCACGAAUUGUCCACUUGAAUUGCGCGCGCGCGCAUUUCUCAAUAAUCCUCAAUCGCGGAUAAUUUAAUGCUUUUUUUCUCUCCCCCAAAGAAAUUCAACAUUCCUAAGAGAUCUCAGCGCAGUGUUUCGUUGUUGACAAGUGGCUGAAAAUAUGUGAUUGUAAAGUGGGAAGUCUGUGCGGUGUGGCAACGAUCAUAUGUGGAGGCAGGCGCAAAAAGUGGAUUAUUGUCUGUCUUUGGGGCCCAAACUGAGAAAGAUUAAGUUGCAGCGCGCGCAGAGAGAUUUUCAAUAUAAACGCAUUUUUCGUGUGAUGACAAAGUUCAGCACGCCGAGGAAUUAAGUGUGAUGUGGCUGAAACUGUGAGAUGAAGGAAGUGACUUGUGAGGUUUAAAAUGUGCCAGAGGAUGAAAAUGACAAAGAUCUCCCUCGAAGUUGUCUUCUUUGCCAUAAUUUUCGUGCAGACUUUCGCCAUUGGCGGCGCCCGCAUAAUCACCGGCUCGUCGCCACUCGACAAUCUCAUCAUUCGGCCACUCUUUCACUCUUUCCGCAACAUGACCUUCCGCAUCGUGGGACAGACCGGCCUCCGGAACAGCGGAAAGUAUCUUCAGCAGCCACUGGACACAUUUCCCUGCGACACCAGCUUUGGGCGCAGCGAGAAACCACCCACGAGUGUUCACAAGCUGAGGCCAGGGGACAUUGACAUUAUCGCCGCAAUGGGGGACUCACUGACGGCCGCCACGGGCGCCACGUCCACCAAUUUCAUGGACCUCUUCAUGGAGAAUCGCGGCCUCGCGUGGUGCAUCGGUGGCCAGUGGGACUGGCGCAACUCCACCACGCUGCCCAACAUCCUGCGCGCCUUCAAUCCCAACGUCUUCGGCUACUCCAUCGGCGACUCCUAUCCUUUCCAUCGUGCAUCGCAGUUCAACGUGGCGGAAAUUGGGGCCGUUUCCGCGGAUCUGCCCUACAUGGCCAGAACCCUCAUCCGGAGAAUCAGAUCAGACAAGAGGGUGAACUUCAAGAAGCACUGGAAAAUGCUCACCAUCAGCAUGGGUGGAAAUGACAUUUGCUCGUUCGUGUGCACGUGGGACGAUCCAGAAUCGCUGCCGGGGAAGCACAGGGUGAGCCUGCUGAAGACCCUGCGGUACAUUCGUGAUAACAUGCCAAGAACAUUUGUGAAUAUUGUUUCCGUUCCAUCAGUGGACAAAGUUGUGGGAUUGAAGCCGAAGCCAGAACAGUGUCGACUCAUGCAUCACAUUGAGUGCUCAUGCUGGGAGGGUAGAUUGUACAAUCAGACAGACCAACUCCGGCGGAGACUCCACAACAUUCAGCAGGAGUUUAUUAAAGCCGAAGCCGAAGUUGCCCAGUAUGAUGAAUUUAAGGGAUUGCAGGAGUUCGCCGUUGUCUAUCAGCCAUUUAGUCUCAAUCUCUCGAUAAAGACAAAGGACGACAAAACCGACUACUCACUCCUGGCGUUCGACUGCUUCCACAUGAGUCAAAAAGCUCACGCAUGGGCAGGCACUUCCCUGUGGAACAACAUCAUGGAGCCGAUCACGAACAAAGCCGUCUCUUGGGAGUCGCCAUCCGUGAAGUUUAAGUGUCCAACCAAAGAAUUUCCCUACAUCUACACUCAUGACAACUGAUACCGCGACCACGAAUGCUCGUGAAGGCGUCUGAUGGAAUGGGAGAGCGCUGUUAAUUUAUUUAUCUGUUUUUUUAAAAUAUCCACACAUUGAAUGAGGAAA